AUGUUCACCAGCCUCAAUAGAAGCAACGCCACCGAUUUCUCGGUUUUCAAUGGACUGCUACCGGCAGACAAUACACUGGGGGCAUCCACAGGCACUGGAUAUUUUGAUGUGUUGAAGCAAGUCAGCCGAAACCACAAUGACCUUGUGUACCUAGAACGUCUUUGGGCGGCAUGGUAUCUCUUUAUACAGAACGAUACGUACGCAACCGGUAUCUUAACCUUUGUCCUUCACGAAGUGUUUUAUUUCGGCCGAUGCAUUCCAUUCAUGAUACUCGACAUGAUCCCAUACUUUCACAAAUACAAGAUCCAAGCCCAAAAGAUGCCAACCCUCAAGGAACAGUGGAACUGCGCCAUGCUGGUUCUUGUGAGCCAUUUCACCGCUGAACUGCCACAAAUCUGGUUCUUUCACCCAGUCGCGACCUAUUUCGGCAUUGAGUUUAGAACACCGUUCCCACCACUCUGGAAGAUUGCCCUUCAAAUUUGCAUCUUCUUCGUUAUGGAAGAUACUUGGCACUACUGGGGUCACCGCGCGCUGCAUUACGAGCCGUUGUAUAAGAACAUCCAUAAACAACAUCACACCUAUUCUACCCCCUUUGGCCUAGCAGCGGAAUAUGCGUCUCCUAUCGAGACUGCGAUUCUUGGGUUUGGCGUGGUUGGAUCCCCGGUGGUGUUGCUUAUAAUAACGGGAGACUUGCACCUCUUUACGAUGCUCAUCUGGAUGAUGCUACGGCUUUUUCAAGCCAUCGAUGCCCACAGCGGCUAUGACUUUCCUUGGAGCUUGAGGCACUUUAUUCCGUUUUGGGCUGGCGCUGAUCAUCACGACUUACAUCACGAGAAGUUUAUCGGGAAUUAUGCUUCUAGCUUUCGUUGGUGGGAUUAUUGUCUCGAUACAGAAGCAGGGUUGGAAGCAUCGAAGCGGCGGAGGGAAAAGAAGCUUACCCAAUUUCGAAGGAAGAAGCAACAAUAA